GUCAAACGUCAGUUGAUUCAUCUGCUACGACUAUUAUUGCUUAACGUGUCUUUUAUACACGCUCGCUGUUCGCAUCCAAAAUACGAUGAUCCGGCUAGUUUUCGCUUUGCUGAUUUGUGUAUUUGUGACGGCAAGCUUUGUGGACACGCGGUUGAUUAGAAGCGAUUUGCAUGAGGAUUACAAUGAUUACAACAAUGUGCAGCAGAAGAUGGUGAAUGAAAAUAGAAGGCUGUUUGACCAAACAUAUUUAAUGAACAUUAAGGAGAACCGUAGGAAUACUAAUGACGACUUUGAGAAUUGGACUGGACGUUGGAUGCCUGAUAGAUUAGGUGAUCCAACACCACCACCUAAAGUAUACCCAUAUAGUGAGCAAGAACAUGAUAAAUUUAUGUCAAGAAGUCAUGAUAUAUAUAUGGGUUAUGUAUCACCAAACUGUGAUGAUGCAAAGACCAAUUUGACUGUUGAUUGGGAUCAUUCUGUAUCAGCGCAAACUUGUUAUGGUCAUCAUAUCGAACCAAGUGGGAAGGCCUCACAAGUCUAUUGUGAAUACAUUCCAAAAGCGUAUGAGGCUGCCCAUAAAUGCAUGAAUGAGACAAUCGAGUAUGAUGAUGAUAUACCUUUGUAUGGUCCACAUAGACCUUUAUGGCCAGUUUACGGAGAAUACAUGUACCUGCCCAAACAGAGAUGGCUGCACAGUCUCGAGCACGGAGCGGUCGUCAUGUUGUACCAUCCGUGCGCGAAUCCGCUGGAGGUAAACCGCCUAAAAAGUCUCGUCAGUCGGUGUCUUUGGCGACAUAUUAUCACACCGUGCAGCAAUCUGGAUGAGGACUAUCCUUUGGCACUUCUAUCUUGGGGCUGCAAGCUGUCUAUGUCUUACGUGAAUCCCGCGGUGGUGAGGCGCUUUAUACAGACAAAAGCUCUCCGUGGGCCGGAGCGAACUUCGAAAGACGGCCAAUUCACGGACGCGUUAUUGAAAGCAUCCGAUAUAGUUACAGAUCCAACGGACUCGUAUCUUUGUCCGUGAAUAUAUUAGGCGAAUGCGAACGGCACAACAUCGACCGAUGUGAUUUUCCAGAAUUUACAAUUUACUCAGAAUUUACUCAGGCGCAUUUAUGUUUAUAUUGCAUGUAUUUUUGUAUUUGCGUGUUUAUAUAUUUUUUCAUGACUUGUGUGUAUAGUCAAUCAUUUUUUUAUCAGUUGUACGUUACGUUUAACUAGCGUAGUAAUUAUUUAUUGUAAUUAUUGUAAAAUAUUCUAGUGACGAA